CCAGCUGUCAUGCUCCCCUCGGCGGGGCCGCCCCGCUGCCAAUAUAAGAGGCGAACAGGGACAGCGCCUUUCGGCUGGCACCGGGAGCGUGCGUGACCGUCACGAGGAAGGAGAUCGGGAGCGCAGCCGCAAGCCGGCAAGCGGAAGGGAACGGCUCGUCGCCGGCGGGGCCACGUACCCAGGCCGGGGUCACCGUCCGGGCGGCUGGGGUGGGCGAAUCGAUUCUGCGUGCGCGGCUGGGUCGAGGUCGAGAUAGCCUUUGGACGGGGUGAGGAAAGCGAGAGAUAAAAGGUUGGGCCGCUUGCUUGCCCUUCCACUUCUAUCUAUCCCCACCUCCUUCUCCCUUUCCGCCCCCGGUUUAUUUUUUCUUCGUCCUGGAUGCGUCGGUCGCGUGUUUGAUCUGACUAAGCCGCGGAGGAGGGUGCUAGAUGUCCGUGCGGUGGGCGGUGGCUCCCGAGGGCGACCGGAGUUAGGUCCUUGCCGCCUUCAGUGCGGUGGGGAAGCGAGACAUUGAAGGCGCAGAACCCAAAGAAUGGGUAAGAGAGGAAAGUGGUUUAGUGCGGUGAAGAAAGUCUUCAGCUCCUCCGAUCCAGAUGGAAAGGAAGCCAAGGCCCAGAAGGCAGACAAAUCGAAAUCCAAGAGGAGAUGGCCAUUUGGAAAGUCCAAGCACUCGGAGCCUUCCAUAUCGACGGUGCCAGGCACUGCUCCAGCAGUAGCUCCGUUGCCAUCACCACCAGCAACUCAGCCCCACUCUCUGGAGAUCAAAGAUGUCAAUCCAGUUGAAACAGACAGUGAGCAGAACAAGCAUGCCUACUCCGUUGCGCUUGCGUCUGCUGUCGCUGCUGAAGCUGCAGCAGUUGCUGCCCAGGCUGCUGCGGAAGUUGUCCGCCUCACAGCAGUUACCACGGCUGCACCAAAGAUGCCUGUUAGUUCGAGGGAAGAACUUGCCGCCACCAAGAUUCAGACUGCCUUCAGGGGUUAUCUGGCAAGGAGAGCAUUGCGUGCACUAAGAGGGCUAGUUAGAUUGAAGUCGCUUGUUGAUGGAAAUGCUGUCAAACGCCAAACCGCUCACACCUUGCAAUGCACACAAGCAAUGACAAGAGUUCAAACUCAAAUCUACUCUAGAAGGGUGAAGUUGGAGGAGGAGAAACAGGCUCUUCAAAGACAACUCCAAUUGAAACAUCAAAGGGAACUUGAGAAAAUGAAGAUUGAUGAAGAUUGGGAUCACAGCCAUCAAUCCAAAGAGCAAAUUGAGGCCAACCUAAUGAUGAAACAGGAAGCUGCACUGAGGCGAGAGAGAGCACUUGCAUAUGCAUUUUCUCACCAGUGGAGGAAUUCUGGUCGAACUAUAACCCCUACUUUUACGGAACCUGGGAACCCCAACUGGGGCUGGAGCUGGAUGGAGCGCUGGAUGACAGCAAGACCAUGGGAGAGUCGGUUGGCGGCGGCAUCGGACAAGGACCCUAAAGAACGUGCUGUGACAAAGAAUGCGAGCACCAGUGCUGUUCGAGUACCUGUAUCCCGUGCCAUCUCGAUUCAGAGACCAGCAACACCAAACAAGUCGAGCCGCCCACCAAGCCGGCAGUCACUUUCAACCCCGCCAUCGAAGACCCCGUCAGCCUCAGGAAAGGCCAGGCCGGCAAGUCCAAGGAACAGUUGGCUGUACAAGGAGGAUGACCUGAGGAGCAUCACGAGCAUCCGCUCCGAGCGCCCAAGGAGGCAGAGCACGGGUGGAGGCUCGGUCCGGGACGAUACCAGCCUGACCAGCACACCACCUCUCCCCAGCUACAUGCAGUCGACCGAGUCUGCACGGGCCAAGUCUCGGUACCGCAGUCUACUACUGACUGAGAAGCUUGAGGUUCCUGAGAGAGCGCCUCUGGCCCACUCCGUUGUCAAGAAGCGCCUGUCGUUCCCCGUCGUCGAGAAGCCAAGCGUUGUGCCGACAGAGAAGCCCAGGGAAAGAGUGAGGCGCCAUUCCGACCCUCCGAAGGUCGAUCCUGCGACGCUCAAGGAUGCCCCUGCUGCCUGACCAGUGACCAGGCCUUAUGUGAUUGUUAGGUUUCGUGCUCUUUUAACACCGUGAUGUAUUAUCUGAGUUAGGUUGCUUUGUUCGUGUCAUCGUAUGAUCUGUCCGGGUUGAUUUUGAGACAGUUCUAACUGUGUUUACAGACAAUGCGUGAUGCUAAAUGUAUGUGUGGUUGGUUGGCUUUAAAUGUACUGAUAUGAUAGUAUUUGAUUUUAACUUUGCUAA